UUCCUUCAACUUUAAAUUCCAGACGAACCACCGGAUCCUAACUGCCCUUACGCUUUUCCUACUGAUCACCCACACCAUCGGCAGCUCAGUGCUAGUGGCCGACUUCCGGAUGACCCGUAUGGUGGAACUUAGCAGUCGACCCCCGUACUGCAAAAUUCACAAUGAUCGAGGCGACAUCCAGCGGAUGCUGUUGCAGUUCGAUUCAAAGAAGGUGCGACAGGUGCCGCGGGAAUCGGUCAUAUCCCUAGAGGAGGUCUGCAACGAGGCCAGCGGAAUUUCGGGUGAACUUCAGGGCGGCCUUGGAUUCAUCUACCCCGGCACGAAAUGGUGCGGACCAGGGGACAUUGCGGCUAACUUCUCGGAUGUGGGCCGAUACGCCGAUGAGGAUCGCUGUUGCCGCGAGCAUGACAUGUGUCCGAACAUCCUGCUGCCGGGUGAAUGCCGGCGGGGCCUCUGCAAUCGGGGUGCCUUCACCAGAUCACACUGCGACUGCGACGCAAGGUUUAGAAGAUGUUUGCAGAACCUUAACACCGAAACCGCCAACACCCUGGGAGCCGUCUUCUUCAACGUGAUACAGGUGACAUGCUUCAGCGAGAGGCGACCGUGUUCAUUUUGGCAGAGUUACCCAUCGAGCAAGGAUUCAAGCUGCCCGUUACAAUUUUCCCCGUCCGAUAACUAUGUACCACCCUAUCUCACACCGGAAUAUUAUCAUCAUCCUAAUGCAGUGAGGCGAUCGUACGACAAACGUUCCUACCAAACGGGAGAUUUCAAUCACUAUCAACUAAAGAAAGAGUCGUUCAAUUUGAUUUCCAGAAACAUCGUUAAAGACGUGUUCAUUAGACCUAUCAAUGGUUUCAUUAAGUAUUACCUGACGGCCAAGUCCGUUGUCUAUGGCUGAGACAGAAGUUUGAGAGUAUGAAUAUUUUGCAUUGUUGUCAACCAAAGACUGAAACAAAACAAACUUAGCCAUUUACAUCAGCAGAUCCUAUCAGAAUUAGAAUAGCAAUAAGUAAAAAAAAACGCUUAGCGUUUUCAUUCACCAGUUUUACUGUUUUUUGUCAACUUAUUGAAAUACUUAAUAACUGUAUGUAGACUUGAAACUUUUAGCUUUAAUCUUGAGACUUUACCUUAACACUCCUCCUACUUUAAACUUGAAAAUGAUCAAGAUGGUUCAAUAAACAGGAAAAGUUUUAAGAAAUUGAAUAAAAUGUUUGCUUGAAAUACUAUAAAACGAGAUUUUCUGCCGGGUAGAUAAAUCCUAAAUUGGUUGAACAAAGACGUGAAACAUGAUCAGCUUCUGCAUUUAACUUAUUUUACAUGGUAAAAAUCAUGCAAUCCAAACUCAUCUUUCAAAACACGAUUUAAGUAAUUUUUGUAAUAAUCAUAUUCAGUCCAGUUAGAAAGAAUCUACCUAUUAAAAGUUUAAUUUUUUUUUUCUAAAAAUGUAAUAUUCCGGUCCGUGGUUGAGAUAAUAAGGAGGGCAUAGUGAGUCGGCUUCAAUGAAUCCGAAGCGGAUGAGCUGUGCUCCCGGUGGAAAUAUCGUCCCAGUGAAAAAUAUGUUCCGAUCAUGCAACAGAAGUCGCACAAUGGAUAGAUGAUAGUCUUUUUC